GAAUAAAGAACGGCGCAAAAUUCGAACAGAACUCUUCUCUCUCUCAACUCCAAGGCGCCUUCUCGAAGCUUUUACCCUACUCUCACUCCUCAAUCUGAAAAAGAGAAGAAAAGAAAAGAAAGAAAAGAAACGGACUCGAAAGAUAAAGAGAUGAGAGAGAGAGAGAGAGAGAGAAGAUGGGCGUUAUUCUCUAGAAAAACGCCACCUGUAAAUGACCCGCGACCGAUUCCGACUCGGUGACUCGGACGCGACGACGUCGAUUCCAGAAACUCGGAAAGCAGCAGAACCGACGCUGCCAUGAGACUCAUCGUACCGUUACAAGGACUAGCCCAAGGGCGGCGCGGACUCGUCCUCGGCUCAGUAAUCCCAUGCGCCCUUUUCUACUUCUUUCAGCUCUACCUCAAGAGAAACCGCUCUCCUCCUCCACCUCCUCCUCCUCCCUCCUCGGACCCCCUUCCAGAACUUUCUAGAAUCUCCCGACCCCAUCUCUCGCCACGUGGAGUCGCCCAGGCCUCCGUCUCGUCUUGCGCCUCUUCCGUCACCAGUUCCAGCGAUUCGCCUUACUAUAUCGGGCUCGAGAAGGUUGCCGCCAAUCCUUAUGAUGCUUUGGGGAAUCCGAACGGCGUAAUUCAGCUCGGAUUGGCUGAAAACAAGUUGUCGUUGGAUCUCGUUCGUGGUUGGAUCGCGUCUCAUCUGAAGGAUUUGAGUAUUAGUGGGACCGCCGCUUAUCGGCCGUUUGACGAAUUGAAGAAGCUGAAGACGGCUGUCGCUGGAUUCAUGACUGAAGUUAUGCGAACCCCAGUUGCAUUUAACCCGUCGCAGAUAGUAUUAACAGCUGGUGCAACCCCUGCAAUCGAGAUACUCAGCUUCUGCCUAGCAGAUCCUGGAAAUGCAGUUCUUGUUCCCUCGCCAUAUUACCCAGGUUUCGACAGGGAUAUAAAAUGGCGAACCGGAGUAGAGCUAGUACCUGUUCCAUGUCGUAGCACUGACAAUUUCAAUCUAAGCAUCGAUGCUCUUGACAGAGCUUACAAACAAACGAAGAAACGGGGGUUAGAAGUCCGUGCUGUUCUUAUUUCAAACCCUUCCAACCCUGUCGGAAACCUUCUAGGUCGGAAGAGACUGAACAGACUUCUGGAUUUCACCAGAGAGAGGAACAUUCAUCUGAUUUCAGAUGAAAUAUUUGCAGGGUCAACCCAUUGCGACGUUAAGUUUGUGAGCAUGGCCGAGAUUGUCAAUUCAGAAGAUGUCGCCAUAAACAGGGUUCAUAUAAUAUAUGGGCUUUCGAAAGAUCUGUCUCUGCCAGGCUUUAGAGUGGGAGUCAUUUAUUCUCACGAUAAAAAUGUGCUGGCUGCUGCGGCAGGGUUGGCGAGGUUCUCUUCCAUUUCAGCUCCUACACAACAUUUGCUGAUCUCAAUGCUUUCAGAUACACGAUUCCUAAAGGAUUUUAUUCGGAUAACUAGAGAGAGGCUGCAGAGUAUGUAUGCCACAUUUGUGGAUGGUUUGGAAAAGUUAGGAAUCAUGUGCAUGAAGAGUAGUGGAGGUUUUUACUGUUGGGCAGACAUGAGCGAGCUAAUCUGCCCUUAUAGUGAGAAAGGGGAGCUUGAACUGUGGAAAAAACUGCUGAAUGAAGCUAAGAUCAAUGUAACUCCUGGGUCAUCGUGCCACUGCAUUGAACCCGGAUGGUUUCGUUGUUGUUUUACUACAUUGGCCGAAACCGAUAUCCCAGUGGUCUUGGAUCGGAUCCAGAAAGUUGCUGAAAGCUGUAAACGUUGAUGUUGAAUGCAACGGGUAUGAUCCAUUCUACAAGCCUACAACCUUGGAUAUGGAUACUUUGGUAAUGGACUUCUAUAGACGUAUGUGCAAUAUGGCCCGUAAAGGAAAGGGAGUAUGGUCGUCUAUUGAUGCUGGGAAUUCAAGUUGUCUCCCUAAUCUAAUUACAGGGAAGGUGGCCAAUUUUACAAAAUUCAACAAAUUCAUUAGUUAAACAAACUACUUGGAGAUUUCAUUGCUUGGAAGUUCUGUACAUUCAUUCCUUGAUUCUGAAGAAACCUGAAGAUGAGAUGAUCAUGGAGCCAUGGUAGAACUGAUUUCUUGACUCUUUGGACUGGUGUUGGAUAGUUCUCUGCUACUGUUGUUUCUGCCUCUUCCUUCGCUGCUGCCCUAUGCAAUCCACCACUUGUGCAAUCCAGAGGCAGCCUUGUUGGCGCUGGUGCCGAAGAUGCAGCAGGCAAAUGCCCUUGUCCUCAUGAAUUCCUGCCACUGUCGCAGAUAUAUGGUAAGAAAUUACUCUCUCAAUUUUUUUCCCCGCAAAAUAACAGAAAUUUCAUUGUUCAUGUAAUGGACGUGUUGCCUGCAACGCCAGCAUAGAAAUAGAAAUGUUCAUUCUUUCCCUUACA